GAAUUCUAAUUGGAUGUUGAUGAUUUUUUACAUGGAUCGUUAAUUUUGGUAAUCUAGAAAUUGGAGAUUUGGCAAAACGUCGAGCAGCCUCUCUCUUUGUCUUCACUCGAGUUGUUACCGCCCGCUAUUACCGUCGUUAAAACAAGACAGAAGUUCACUUCAGUCAACCUGUGCCAAACAAAAAGAAAACACUUCUCCCUGGUUCAAAUCAAUGUUUUAAUUCUUCAAGAGGUUGAAACCCUUCGUUGCCAUUCAUCACAUUACGUCAUGCGGGUGUUUGAUAUAUAAAAUUCCCUCUGAACGGAAUCUUUGAGACAAGGUCAAACAAAUCAUUUGGAAAUGUUCUCAAUUUGUACAGCCUUCGUAAGACUUUUUUUUAAACAAUUGGACUUCUGGAUUAACUCAACAAAAUGGAAAUAGAGGAGUGCCAAUUGUCAAAGAAACCAAACAUUUGCAGGAAAGAGAGCUAGUAUAAUGUAAUAAGAACUUUGACACGAGUUGCGUACAAAAGCAGCUCUCUGGUGCUGUGUUAGAGAGCAAGAAAAACGUUAAAUUGUGCAAUUGUGUAAAAAAAACAACCAACAAUUAAGAUUCCAUAACUUUUGUUAUGGUCGGUAACUCGUUAGAGCGUGACGACUGAAGAAAACACUAAUUUCCCAGUGAUUGGCGUUUAUAUGUAUGUUUAUGUCUGAUUAAUACGGCUUCAACAUUAACUUCUGACAGUAAAUCUAGUUCCUGAUUAUGUAGUUCUGCACGUCAUCGACUACGCUCUGCUAACAUUGUGACCAUUUCUAUGACAGGAAUCGGACAAAGCGUUGUAAAAUCCAAAAUGGACAUAGCCGAUCUCUGAGAAAUUCGUUUGAAAUCUUGUUCUGAGGGCUUGGAAUAUGACUUGAUGUCAAGCGGGUAAAUUCUCAACAGCAUGAUGUUGUUUUCAAUCAGCAGUCUCAUACUAGCAACCCUAGUACAAAGUACCCUGUGUAAGUAUAACGGGCACUAGUACAAAGUACAUUGUGUAAGUAUAACGGGCACUAGUACAAAGUACAUUGUGUAAGUAUAACGGGCACUAGUACAAAGUACAUUGUGUAAGUAUAACGAACACCUGUACAAAGUACUCUGUGUAAGUAUAACGGGCACCUGUACAAAGUACCCUGUGUAAGUAUAACGGGCACUAGUACAAAGUACCUUGUGUAAGUAUAACGGGCACUAGUACAAAGUACAUUGUGUAAGUAUAACGGGCACUAGUACAAAGUACAUUGUGUAAGUAUAACGGGCACUAGUACAAAGUACAUUGUGUAAGUAUAACGGGCACUAGUACAAAGUACCCUGUGUAAGUAUAACGGGCACUCGUACAAAGUACCCUGUGUAAGUAUAACGGGCACCUGUACAAAGUACCCUUUGUACGUAUAACAGACACCUGUACAAAGUACCCUGUGUAAGUAUAACAGACACCUGUACAAAGUACCCUGUGUAAGUAUAACGGGCACCUGUACAAAGUACCCUGUGUACGUAUAACAGACACCUGUACAAAGUACCCUGUGUAAGUAUAACGGGCACUCGUACAAAGUACCCUGUGUAAGUAUAACGGGCACUAGUACAAAGUACAUUGUGUAAGUAUAAGAGACACCUGUACAAAAUACUCUGUGUAAGUAUAACAGACACCCGUACAAUGUACCCUGUGUAAGUAUAACGGGCACCCGUACAAAGUACUCUGUGUAAGUAUAACAGACACCUGUACAAAGUACGCUGUGUAAGUAUAACAAACACCUGUACAAAGUACCCUGUGUAAGUAUAACGGACACCUGUACAAAGUACCCUGUGUAAUUAUAACGGGCAUCUGUACAAAGUACCCUGUGUAAUUAUAACGGGCAUCUGUACAAAGUACCCUGUGUAAGUAUAACAGACACCCGUACAAUGUACCCUGUGUAAGUAUAACGGGCACCCAUACAAAGUACUCUGUGUAAGUAUAACAGACACCUGUACAAAGUACGCUGUGUAAGUAUAACAGACACCUGUACAAAGUACCCUGUGUAAGUAUAACGGGCACUCAUACAAAGUACCCUGUGUAAGUGUGUAAUUAUAACGGGCAUCUGUUCAAAGUACCCUGUGUAAGUGUGUAAUUAUAACGGGCAUCUGUACAAAGUACCCUGUGUAAUUAUAACGGGCAUCUGUACAAAGUACCCUGUGUAAGUAUAACGGGCACCCGUACAAAUUAUCCUGUGUAAGUAUAACGGGCACCCGUACAAAGUACUCUGUGUACGUAUAACAGACACCUGUACAAAGUACUGUACCCUGUGUAAGUAUAACAGACAUCUGUACAAAGUACUCUGUGUAAGUAUAACGGGCACCUGUACAAAGUACCCUGUGUAAGUAUAACAGACACCUGUACAAAGUACUCUGUAAUUAUAACGGGCAUCUGUCCAAAGUACCCUGUGUAAGUAUAACGGGCAUCCGUACAAAGUACUAUGUGUAAGUAUAACAGACACCUGUACAAAGUACGCUGUGUAAGUAUAACAGACACCUGUACAAAGUACUCUGUGUAAUUAUAACCGGCAUCUGUACAAAGUACCCUGUGUAAGUACAUGUAUAACGGGCAUCCGUACAAAGUACCCUGUGUAAGUAUAACGGGCACACGUACAAAGUACCCUGUGUAAGUAUAACGGGCACCCGUACAAAGUACCCUGUGUAAGUAUAACGGGCACCGACUACAUACUAUGAGUUACUCUUUGUAGUUUACAUUUAUACACUAUAUUUUAUGAAGUGUCAGGCUGAGGGUAUAGGUCCCUUAGUUUACAUGAGAUUCGUAUGUGUAAUAUAUUAGCAGAUCAUAGAGAGGCAAAGAAAUAUAAUGCUCCACAAGGAAUCCAAAGCGCACUGCUCGGAGUAGAUAACGAAAUAUUUUUGUCAUUUACUUUUUAUAAAUAUCUUGAUACAUCACAAUAAAUGUUUUAUGUACAGGAAACAAAAUUCCUGUUAUUUGAAGACUGAAUGACUCUAAGUGAUGUCUUAAUUAGUAAUGAAAUACUUAAUAUUUAGAUUCACGUAUAUUGUGGUUGUAUAUCAACAUGCUUAUGUCAAUAUACAACUAGCUAUUUCUAAUGCAAAUAAACCCAUCACCGGGACUCAAAAUUAAAUGUAAUCAAGUGUUGACAGAGAACUGGUACACGAGGAUGGGGGACAUAACGCCGCUGUGGUGUUCUUGUUUAAUCAAACCGUUCCUGUAUUUCUUGAUGCGCGUUCUGUGGUACAUGUAGGUCCGUUAUAAUACUUCGGCCGUUUGGAGUGUGUUUAUCGUCAAAAGUCAGGCGUUGGCAAUGUUUGGUCUGCUAAAACUCAUGAAAUGUUUGCAAAAACGAGAUUCAUACAGUUUUUUUGUCGGAGAAUCGCUUCCUUCUACCGUUACGCAUUCCGAGGCUGUUAGAGAGGGACUGGGGUCUGUCAAAUGUGAAAGCCCCCGUGUUUGUACUGUUUAUUCUACACAUUGAUAUGGCUGAAGAUAAACGAAUCAAUUAAACAUAUGUUUUGUUUACAAAUUAAUGGACAACAACAUAAAGAUACAACAACACUAACCUGAAAUCUCUCUCUCUUUCUCUCUCUCUCUGAUUUAAAGAAAAUAACAAUCCAAAAUUACAACAUUUAUACACUUUCCCCUACAAGCUCUUCUGGCAAUUAUGAUGAUAUCUACAAUACUAAUAUUAUUUUUGGAGAAGGCUUAUAUAGGCUGCAAGCCUGCUGCCUAAUCCAUUUAUGUUUCAUACAUAAUAAAAUAUUGUUUAAAUUUAAAUUAAUACUAAUAUUAUGUAAUAUAUGAAUAUUAAUAAAGAUAUGACACAUUUAUUUUUAUAACAUGAAAAUGAUUACAGGCACUUGUCGAUAUUCAUUAUAUUUAUUAAACAUAUUGUAAAACCUGCACCAGGAAAAAAACUUGUGUCAAGCGAGAUAACUCUGCAGCCAUCACUUGAGUUUUCACGCGUAUCUCGGAAGCGAAACGUGAGAUCUUGGCACAACAAUACCGACACUUAAUGUUCAAACCAUGAUUAUCCCUCAUAAUGAGCAGAAAAAGGAAAUAUAAACUCGAUCGGUAUUUAAAAUUCCUCUUAAUUAAUGUCUAAUCGACUUCAGGAACUAUAUCGCUUUCCAACACCCCCAGUUUUAGCACCAUUGAAAGAACAAUUCCCCUUUGCUAGAAGACAUUAGAAGCGCGUGGUUCUGUAUACCUCUUCACAUUAAUAGCGCCACGAAGAUAGUUUAAGAUAAAAAGGCAGAUCUAUACGAUCUUCAGCAGUAAUUGGAACCUGCAAAACUGUUCGUACAUGCUGAUUUAUCAUUGUGCAUCUCAUUGGGACAUUAUAAGGAAUCUCUCUGAGGCGUGAUUUAAAAAAGUGAAGGAUUAUCAUAGUUCAAUUUAAUAAAAAAAAAAAAAACCUAUAUUUGGAUUUCGUGAAACUUAAAAGUGUCAAAACAUUUUUGCAACAUGUUAAAAAUUUGUGGAAGUGAGAUGCAAGUAGUUUCAGCGAGAUGUUUGUGAGACUAUUUAGACACGUCAUUAUCUUAUUGUCCUGGGUUUGUAUCUCAAAAUUUGAGACCGCCGUCGAUCAUAAUGGGCAUCUAAAGAAUCGGACAUCAGAAAUUAAUUUAGAAUCCGGAAAUAAUUCACUUGUUUUGUACGGCAUUCUUAUAAAUAGCCGCUGGACGAAGCCCGUUACAAAUGAUCCCCGGCCAGAAUUGGUGUUGGACGCCUACCCCGCACGUGUGCACGAGAACUCUCCCCCGGACACUCUCAUCCUGACCAUCACAGGAUAUGACAACGCCACGGGUCAACCACUGAAUAAACUGUCCAUGGAAGAUAACAUAAACACGAGAUACUUCAAAAUCACCCCUACAGGAAACCUAAAGUGGUAUCUCUCUACUCGAAAAAUCAUGAACAAACCCGAGAACUACACGUUCGAAUUCCGGAUCUUUGGAUCAUAUGAAGGCGUUGUUAGAGACACUCAAGUGAAAAUAAUAGUUUCUUCGGAAAAUAUUUAUGCGCCAUAUUUCUCAAUGAGACUUUACAAAUUUGUGGCACUUCGAGAUUCUUUGAAUCACAGUCUGAACACACUGGGAGCUGUUUCCGCGACAGAUGAGGACAUAAGGGGCUACAAUGCCAUUUUUCGGUACUUUAUUUUUGAACCCGAAGCCUUGAAAUAUUUUAAAAUUGACCCAGAGAAUGGACAGAUAGGAAUUAUAUCCAACUUCCCGGAGAAUAUGACCUCGAUAGCGUUCAAUGUUACAGCUAUAGAUUCGGGGUCGCCCAUCAAAUCUUCCAGCUCCCAAGUCUAUGUGGAAAUCACUGAUCUGGCACCACCGGAAAUAUUUUGUGUGUCCGUGGAAGGCACUACAGCCAGGAUCUGCUGGAAGGACAACACCAACGGGUCAGCGGUAGACCACUAUCAGCUGCAGUUUGCCAUUAAUGGUCAGAAUGUGACCAGUCACCCCGUGGGGAUCGUGGGUAAGAGGGAUGAGGUGUGUACUCAGGUCCGGGCCGGGAAACUACAGGCGGGAAACCGUCUGAAAUUCACCAUCAAGGUCUACAACAAAACUCACUGGAGCCCAGAGAGUGUGGAACGAUUUGUCAACAUCACGAAGGACGGAUUAUACGGAGAUUGCCCAAAAUUUAGCAACUGUAGUGUAUUUCAACCAUGUCAAAACAAAGGAGUUUGCCAGACUGAACCCGAUCUCUCUUACAAAUGUAAGUGCUCAGAUGGUUGGGCUGGACGUAAUUGUACGGAAAUAAAUAAGUGUACUACGAACCCGUGCUUAAAUAACGCCACAUGUGAAUUCUUAUCCAAUAACAAUUUUCGUUGUAAUUGUCCUUCUGAUUUUUAUGGAAAUCUUUGUCAGUUUCAUGACAAAUGUAUUUCAAAUCCAUGUUUGAAUAAUGGAACAUGUUUUAAGCAACUUAAUGGGAGUUUUCAUUGUCAAUGCCCAGAACAUUUUUCGGGAAGUUUAUGUGAAAAUGAGGUUCUAUGUUCGCCCAAUCCUUGUGAAAAUGGCGGAACAUGCUCUUCAGCUUCGGGACAAAUAUCUUGCACCUGUCCCGAUGGAGUUUUAGGGACAACAUGCGAUGUCCUUGAUAUUUGCAAAUCUGGAAAUCCUUGUGAAAAUGGAAAAUGUAGCAUGUAUUCUGAUGGUACUUAUAAUUGUUUAUGUGACGAAGGUUACGCAGGGGAGAACUGCACGGAAAGGGAUGUUUGCUUCCAUAAUCUUUGUGAAAAUAAUUCAACUUGCGUGAGAAAUGACACAAUAGCAAAAUGUUCGUGUAUUGAUGGUUUUUAUGGCGAGCAUUGCCAGUAUGUUGACAAAUGUCAUGGAAAUCCCUGUGAAAAUGGCGGAACAUGUAAUGCUCUUCAAGAUGGAAGUUUUGAAUGUCUGUGUGAAAAUGGAUAUAGCGGCAAGCUUUGUGGAGAGGAGGACCCAUGCGUGUCCAAUCCAUGCAAAUACGAUGGAACUUGUAAAAAGGGGGAUAACUCUACAUUCACGUGUGAUUGUGUCGCUGAGAAGUAUGGUCCCACUUGUGAACACACAGACGGAUGCAAGUUAAGCCUUUGUCAAAAUAAUUCCACGUGUAAGAAUAUAUCCACCAACGGUGCCAUUCAGUGCAUCUGUAAAGAUAAUUUCUUUGGAACUCUGUGUGACAGAUUCAAUCCCUGCGACUCCAGUCCAUGUCAAAAUUCAGGAAUAUGUCAAAACCUGACAAAUAACGGAUAUAGAUGUCACUGUCAUAGCGGAUGGACCGGAAGUCAGUGUCAACACCGAGACAGGUGUCUCGACGACCUUUGUCAAAACCAUGGGACAUGUCAUCCAGAAAAUGAUUCGUUCCACUGUGAUUGCAAAUCCGACUUUUAUGGCGAACGAUGUACCAAGUAUAAGUUUUGUACCGCGGGAAAACUGUGCAGAAAUGGCGCGAAUUGUGAUUUACUGGAUGGCGAGGUUCGUCAGAUGAAAAUUAACGGGAGUUCGGCGAACAUCACGAACUGGUACAAGUGCAGGUGCCCUGACGGAUUUACUGGUAUGCAUUGUGACCAAGAGGCCAAGCCGUGUGAUGGGGACCCGUGCGGAUCUCAGGGGGUGUGUCAGGAGCGGGGACGGUCCUACAUCUGUUACUGUCUGGACGGGACAAGGCGCCGAACUUGUAUCAACGACUUCUGUCCGGCUGAUGAUACUGCGCUUGACCGCACCGGUCGACAUCACUGGCCGAGGACGUGGGCCGGAGACGAGGUGCGCCUAAACUGUCCCCUUGGAACACGCAAGAAUGCUCGUACGGGAUAUGCCACCCGGAAGUGCGAAGUCGGUCCGGGCGGGAAAUACAAAUGGCUCUCUCCUAACACCGAUGAUUGUGUGCAGCUGUCUCCAGCGGAAGCUGACGUCAGACUUCACGACCUUGUAUCUUCUACAAGGGACAGACACUCUCUCACACCGGAAAAGGUGGCCUCCGUUACAAAUGACCUUGAAAAUCUCGCUAUCUUUGCCAAUGACAACGAAGCUAUUGCCAAGGAGAUGACAACAGUGAUCAGUAACAUUCUGGACGCCAAGGAAUCGGUUCUUAUAGAAAGUGACCACAGAAACCAUUCCAGCAGACGUUUGGUGGAAUUGCUCACGGAGUAUGCAGAUGCCGUUGUUACAGAAAAUUCCUCAUCCAUUGCAACGGACAACAUCAAUUUGCUGGUUGUCAACAUCUCUGACAAAGGAGACCGCGACUUCACGUACAAGCCCAUACUAUACAACAACGAGACAGAGGAGAUGGGUGUUGAACUCAAAGUGCCAAAGGAGGUCAUGAAAACGUCAUCAAAAGCCAGUAUGAAACUGCACAUCAUAACUUACCGAACCUCAGCUUUCUUCAUACCGGAAAUCCCUACACCAGAAGAAAUAGUCCUGAAACAGAGAGUUCUGUCCGCGACCGUCCAAGGAGUGCUGAUAAAGAAUCUGUCAAACCCAAUCCAUUACACAAUACCGAACAUAGAGUCGGACACUAACCAUACGUGUGUGUAUUGGGAUCGAAACAGGUGGUCUACAGAGGGCGUGACGACGGUAUCCACGGGGGGCAACGCGACCAACUGUUACACCACCCACCUCACCAGUUUCGCUGUCAUGCUGGAUCCUACACCCAACAAGAUGUUGCCGGACUCGCACGAAAAGGCUCUGACAUAUAUCUCUUACAUAGGCUGUGCCAUCUCAAUCUUUGGUCUGGCCUUCACCAUCGUGACCGUCUCCAUGUUCAGAUCACUAAACAGGGAGCGAUCCGGGAAGAUUUUACUGAACAUGUGCGUCUCUAUGCUUCUGAUGAAUGUCACCUUCAUCUUGAUGGCGGAGACAUCUAAAUCAGACGGCAUGGUUCUGUGUAUGAUAACCGCCAUCUUGCUGCACUACUUCCUGUUGACGUCAUUGAUGUGGAUGUGUACGGAGGCCAUAAAUAUGUACCAAGCUCUCAUUAAAGUAUUCACCACCUACUCCUCUUAUUUCAUCCUGAAAAGAUGCAUAGUCGCUUGGGGUGUUCCCUUGGUUGUCGUUGGUAUUACAAUGGGUGUCAAUCAACUUGAUAAUUACAGGACUAAGACUAAUCUUUGUAUGAUUUCCCAAGCAAAUACCAUUGCCUUCUAUGUUGCUUUGUUGGGCCCAGCCUGCGUCAUCCUCGUCAUCAACACCAUUGUCUUUACUCUUGUUGCUCGUGUCAUCAUGAAACCGAGGUUCAAAGGAAGCAUAGGAAAGAAUGAAAAAGAGAAAGUGUCGCCUGCGCAGGUGCGCGGAGCUUUCACCGUUAUGGUGCUUCUAGGAGUCACAUGGGUCUUUGGUCCAGUGGCUAUCAAAGAGUCUAAGAUAGUCUUUAACUAUUUAUUUACAAUCCUCAACUCUUUACAAGGGUUUCUAAUUUUUGUGUUCCGUUGUCUUCUAAAUACCGAAGCCCGUUCCGCAUGGGUGCUUCUGAUCAAAACCGGGACUUUCAAACGAAGGCGUGGUCCAAUUGUGUCACAGCACGAGUCAUGCUCGAAGGGUGGCAAUGACUCCCGAGGACACCUGGCGGACAGUACAGUUCACACCGGAAGAACCACCCUCCACAAUAGUAACGAGAACAUCAAACAGAUGGGGGGCAAGCAACAAAAUGGUUUCCAAUGGAAACAUGGGAAAAGUGAGCCCAAGUUGGGACAUUGUAGUCCUGGGCUAGGGAACGGGAAGCGACACAGCGACGAGUAUGAACUCAGAAAAGAAUUCGAUGACCUCACUAAACUCUGAAUGUCCACAGGUACAUUUUGAUACACUAGACUGUUCAGGGUUUAUUUGCUUCCAGCCAAUGAUGAUUCAAAACAAAGCCUGUUAUAGAAAAUAUUACUGCUUGCACGAUACAGACUUGUUUCACUGUGGAGUCAGAUCAGUCAGAACGCCAUCGUGUCGGUUAUUGCCGAAUAAUUACGGAGUUUUUCUCCAAGAAUUUCUCUGGUGACUGAAUAUACGUGUAGAUCUAUCAUUAUGGAAAUUUAGUAUCCAUUCAGACUUGUAUUAAAUUAAUAGAACACAAACACGUCAUGAAUUAUCGUAUCGCCAAUUGUCGAUCCACUCCAUCGUUGGUGAUCAUUUAGAUUUCUUUAUUAGUAAAUAUCAUUAAUUUACUCAAUCGCAUGUGAAUAUUUAAAUUUUUAUUGAAUGUUAUGUUUUUUUUCCUUGGAAAUGUUACUCAACUAGGUAAUUGUUUAGUAUAUCUUAGAAAUACAUGUAGAUGUUGAUCAACCAUUAUUGACAAUCAUAUUUCAGGUAAAAUGGCCCCCAUGUUCAGCAGCCAAUAGGGAAUAGGUUGCUAGUUUCUUCAUAAGACACGGAGAAAAUAAAUCUAAAAUCAUCUUUCAUUCCCUUGUUUCUCGUACAUUAUAUUUCAAUAGUGUAUCAGAUGUUUUAGGAGGUAUUGAUUAUAUAUGAUAAUGAAAUAAUAAGAAAUUAUAAUUAAAUUGCAUCAUCUUCUGACGGGCACCUGCUCGUGUGUCGUACACUAAAUACAUUUCCUCGCAUAAUAGAUAAAACAGUCUACAAGUAACGUCGCUUGUCCUGGUCAGUUGUUUAUGUGCAGUUAAUGGAGUUCUCUUCGUUGUUGUGAAUUUAGCGCCGUUUGCCACGAUGAUUAAGGUGUACGUUUGUACAAUAAUCCUUGUUAUCGUCAUCUUUUCAAAGAGAGUUGCCCCACGCUGUCCUCAAGAGUUAAAGGCUUCAUUUGGGUGCAAGCCAUUUUACCAUUUUGCAUGUUUUCUUUCCCUUCUUUGUUGUUGUUGAUCGACUUCAUUUCGAUCCCGAUUUUUUUUUUUUUCGUGGUUCAUUCAUUACGUCAUGUUUGUAUUGGUUGACAAUGUUAUAUAUGCCAUGGUACAAAGCUGUUUUUGUUCAAUGUUUUGAUUAUAGAAUUGUGAAGAGAAUCACCUAAUAUAUUUACAUUGAUUUGUUUUGCCUGAGGUACGUAAGGUUACAUUAGAAUGCGGCUGGUUGUCCUUGUGUUUAGGUUAAUCCACGCCAACAAAUUUUCACUCCAUUGUCAUGUUAAAGAUGCGCCAACUCUAGGUCACAUUCAAAGACCAACGAUAUGGUUGGUGAUACGUGUUCAGAGAAUCGCACCACUGUCUAUGAACAUCACACAGACUCAGUGUGCACGUACAUCACACAUCAAACCAGUGUACACGUACAUCACACAUUAAACCAGUGUACAUGUAUAUCACACAGCGACCCUGUGUACACGUACAGCACACCAGUGUACACGUACAUCACACAUCAAACCAGUGUACACGUACAUCACACAUCAAACCAGUGUACACGUAUAUCACACAGCGACCCUGUGUACACGUACAUCACACCAGUGUACACGUACAUCACACAUCAAACCAGUGUACACGUACAUCACACAUCAAAUCAGUGUACACGUAUAUCACACAGCGACCCUGUGUACACGUACACCACACAGCGACCCCAUAUCCACACAUACAACACAGUGACCCAUAAGCACGACACAUUGUAUGAACAUAUUAACAAUAUCAAAAUGUUGCAUCAUUAUCCAAGAACAAGUACUAACUGUUAUGAUCAAUCAAGCAUAAGAAAAAGCUGGAUAGAAUGCUUAGAAAUCUAUUUUUAGAACUUGUUCUGAUAUUUACUGUGAUGGUCUAACAGGGUACUCCAGACACACUCUACCAACGUUUUAUUUAUAAUAUAUCAUACUCCCUUAUCUCAUCUGAAAAGCAAUCAGUUCUUUCACUCGGUUAAAAAAUUAGGAACACUGUUAUAAAAAAUAUAUGUAACGAUUUGAUUUUAUGUGUGUUGAUUAAUGGUUUACAUCAAAUAAAUAUUCCUAUCAACUGAUUCGAGUGACAAACUCUGUUCGCCAUUUUGCUGUAGAAACUGAUACAACACAUUGCAUUUACAUACGUCAUUUAGUGAUCAUGUUGGACCAAUGAAUAAAUUUUGAAUUGUGAAGUCAAUGUCAUUGUAUUUUUACAAAUUGUACUCCUAUGAUCAUUAUUAUGCUUUUCUGCAAUAAAUAAAUCAGCUAUUCUUA